GAGCCGCUGGAGCCGCCGGAGCCGCCGGAGCCGCGGGAGCCGCCGGGCCGAGGCGCGGGCGUCGCAUCCGGGCCUGCCUUUGAGACAACCUCUGCGGCGGCGGCACGGCCCGGGGACGCCAGGCUGGGGCAGCCCGGGCCUGGUCCAGGCCUCUCUUCUGCUCCCGCUGCAGCCGCCGCCGCUGAGCCCGCGGCCUGGGGCCUCCCGCAGCCAAGGCUCAGGCUAGCUGCCUUCCCUGGGCGCCCUGUCCUGGAGCCAUGGGGCCCACCUAGCCCCCGCCUGCCCGGAUGUCCCUGCUCGGGGGCUGCUGACCUCAGUUGCAGGGGGAGUCCCCCCCACGCCCCCUCGCCAGCCUCAGCAGCCGGAGACCCUGGAUGGAGGCCAUGAAGAUUGUUCACCCUGAGAAGUUCCCUGAGCUGCAGGCGGCUGCCCCUUGCUUCCCACCAGCACCGCGGCCCACCCCUGCCCUGGCACCCAAACGCGCCUGGCCCUCAGACACAGAGAUCAUCGUCAACCAGGCAUGCGGAGGGGACAUGCCUGCCUUGGAUGGGGCACCCCGCACUCCUCCCUUGCCGCGACGGCCCCGAAAGGGCAGUGUGGAGUUGGGCUUCCCCCGAGUGGCACCAGCGGACGAGGUCAUCGUGAACCAGUAUGUGGUGCGGCCUGGUCCUGCCACCUCAGGGGCCCCUGCCACGGCGGCACCAGCCUCAGGUGAGCCCCUGGAGUGCCCCACCUGCGGGCACACGUACAACGUCACCCAGCGGCGGCCCCGAGUGCUGUCCUGCCUGCACUCUGUGUGUGAGCAGUGCCUGCAGAUUCUCUAUGAGUCCUGCCCUAAGUACAAGUUCAUCUCCUGUCCCACUUGCCGCCGCGAGACUGUGCUCUUCACGGACUAUGGCCUGGCUGCACUAGCUGUCAACACGUCUAUCUUGAGCCGCCUGCCACCUGAGGCACUGACUGCCCCGUCCGGUGGCCAGUGGGGGGGUGAGCCGGAGGGCAGCUGCUACCAGACCUUCCGGCAGUACUGUGGGGCCGCGUGCACCUGCCAUGUGCGGAACCCGCUGUCUGCCUGCUCCAUCAUGUAGCACCCACCGGCUCACCACUGCCUGCCAGUCCUUGCUCGCCGCUUCUUCAGGGAUCCGGCCCUGCCCUGUCGCCUGUUGACCCCUCACCCACCACAGCUUCUGGCCCCUUCCCAUGUGGCAUUGUCGCUGCAGCCAACUCCGCCAUUAAAACUCUUUGCCAAAGUUUG